CUUAUUCCUGAUGGAAACGCACCAUCCUUUUCGCACCUAGGCUUUCUGCAAGAGAGGGCGAGAGUUAUUGAAUUUCCUGCUAGGUUAGAGAUAGCGAGAGAGAGAGAGAGUUCUUGAAAUUUCCUGCAAGGUUCAAGAGUCGCAAAUUAUCGGUUUUGGGAUCUUUAAUAUAUUGUAGCGUUUUGUCUACUCCUCCAAAGGUUAUUGCCCUAAAGGUGAUCGCCAUUUCUGCUGACUUCUUUGUUAUUUCCUUGGAUCGUCGGUCCAUGGAGUAUGAAUGAGGUCACUUUGUUUAGAAUAGAGAUUCUCGGGCAGUGCAUCCGGGACGCCAAAGCAAGGAAUCGAACCCAAGACCUUAAACACCCAUGAACCACAAGACACCAUGACGGUCCAUUAGGUCGUCUUCGAAGUUUACUUUAUUGGUUAUGAUGUUUUCAUGACAUUUCACAAUAUCUUGUGAGAUAGUGGCUCUUAAGAAGGCUUCUAGGGUCAAAGAUGGAGGAAGAGGGAGACCUUGAGGCUCUAAAGUCUCAGCUCCAUCAAUUGAGGAUUGAUUGGCAGCAAGAGUUGGACAAGAGGCAUUCCUUGGAGGAAGCCCUAGAAUCAAAAAUAACUGAGGUGAAGGUCUGUGUCUCAAACUCUGAGAGGAAGGAGUCUGAAAUCCUUUGGCGGAGGGUCAAAACUGCAAACACUUUGCUGGCUUACCUAAGAUCAAAAGCUAGAAUAAUGGCUAUUCCCCACUUAGCCCAUACAUCUUGUGGUAUUAGGCACCAAGAGGGCGUUGGAUAUAUUGACAAAGAUGGGACUCCACUUACCGAAUGGUCUAAAGGAAUCAACCUCUCUCACUAUGAAGGUUUUGGGGAAGAAAAUUGGCUAAAAGAGGGGUCCUUAGGAGAACAUGAUGGUGAAUAUGUUGCACAAAUUAUGAAAUCAGUGAUGUUGGUUACAGAUGUGAUGGAAUCCCUUGUGAAGAGAGUGAUCAUUGCAGAAGGCGAAACUUCUACAGAGAGAGAGAAGGUGAGUUUGACCCAAGAAGAGAUCAAGAAGAAGGCAGUCCAGAUAGAGAGCAUGGCAUUGAGGGUGGAGGAGAUGGGGAAGUUGGCAAUGGGGACCAAUGCCAUUUUGAGAGAUAUGCAGAUGAAGCUCGAGGAAAUGGAAAGGGAGACAUCUAGGCAGAGGCAGAGGGCCUCUGAGAAUGAGCAGGAGCUCUCCAGAGUGAGGCAGGAGUUUGAGAAUCUGAGGUCGAGUGUGAGAGGGCUUAUCAGUGUAAGGGAGACACUUUUAUCUUCUGAGAGGCAAUUUCAGACCAUGGAGAAGCUUUUCGAAAGGUUGAUUGCCAAGACCACAUUAUUGGAGAGUAUGAAUAUGCAAAAUGAGGCAGAAGUGUGGACCCUCCUUAAAGAGAAUGACAGGCUGGUCGCCCAGUUAGACUUGAAGGAAGCACAGCUGGUGGCCAUGAAAGAGCAGUGCAAGAUCAUGGCCAUGGGUAAGAGCUAGGAAGAAUAUAUUCUUCUCAUCUCUUAAUUUUCAGAUGCUUUUCGGUACUCCCUGCCAUGUAUCUAGGUUCCAAAUGCUGAAUGAUGAUUUUUUUUGUCACGUAUAAUAACUGUUCAUUGUGAUAUCAGGAAUAUAAUUGAGGUAGUAAUCAACAUCAAAGAUGUUUUAGAAGGAAAUGAUAAUAAAUAUCUUAACAA